AUGCUGGUGCUUUUAGAGACAGACUUUGACUACGUGUCGCAUUGGAGCGUGUGCACUGCAGAGGAGGCCUUCCCCACUCUGGGCACCCGCAGCCCUGCAGCGCUGGCCUUCGCCAGCGCGGCGGGGGCUGCGCAGCUGCUGGCAGAGUGGUGGCCCAGCCAAGCCGCGCACUGCCGGGGUGCGCGGCUGUUGCUGGUGCUCAUCGGCGCCAAGGCCCCUUCCCUGGCCAGCCAGGGUGCUCAGGCACUGGCAGAGGGCCUCGUGACUUCUGCUGUGAACUUCGUGGAGCUUCGCACCCCGCAGCAGGCCGCGGUCUACGCCGUGCAGUGCGCCGAGGCGGUGGUGGCCUCGCGGAAGCGCGGCCUGCCGUCGCGCUUCAAGGUGCAUUGUGGCUGCGUUAUCGUGAUUCUAAUGCGGCAGGAGGAUUGA